CACCUACGAGUUUUAUUUCGGAAAAGGGUCGUUUCAUGACUGGCCUGGUUGAAGAGAUAGCUGAUAGGUUGGAGCUCAUGAAUGUCGAAGUGGUCAGGGAUGACCGACGAGUUGUCUAUCAUCAAAAGUUGGAGCAUGGAAUAGUAGAUAGCGAAAUUCUUGGAGAGGCGGUGAAUCUCCACGAUUAUCAAGUUGAUGUGGCUAACCUGGCGUUGGAAGAAAAGCGUGGGAUUAUCAAAUGCGCGACAGGAGGCGGCAAGACGGCGAUUUUCACGGCUAUUUUGAAGGCUUUUUCGCAGAAGUAUCCUGCCAUCAUGUUGUGUCGUAGUAAGAGCAUCAUAGAUCAAACGAAGGCUGCUUUUGAGAAGUACGGAUUAGAAAAUGUUGGAAUUGUGUAUAUGAAUAAUGUGAAGCCCGAUCUGAUCACGUGUGCUACAGCGCAAUCUGUUCUUAAGCUGGAACCUCUCAUUUCCAGAACUCGAAUUUUGCUGGUAGACGAGGUUCAUGAGUGGGCUAGCAAAGAAGGUGAAAAGAUCCUCAAGUUAUUCGAUAAUUGCGUAUACAAACUUGGAUUUUCUGCGACACCCUUUAAUGAAGAUCAGAUUCACAAUCUUAAGCUUAUUGGACUGAUUGGUCCUCAGCUAUGUGAUGUGAGCAUUGAAUAUCUUAAGGAAAAGAAUAUCCUGUCUUCGUGCCACGCUCAUUUCUACAGGAUACAGGUUCCGCCGCCUGCUGAUGGUAGUCUGGUUGGAGAGACCUAUCUACAAUCUGACAACAACGGGAUUGUGGAGAACAUGAACCUUCACAGAAAGGUUGUUGAGAUUGUUCAGAACAUCCCCAAAGGAAGAAUUUUGAUUUUGGUCAGGCGUCUGAGUCAUGGAGAUCGCCUUAAGGAGCUUCUGCCGGAAGCCUAUUGGGUCAGAGGUGAAGACAACUAUAAAACAAGGGAGUAUGUGCUGUCUCAGCUGAGGCACUCGGCGAGCGAGAAGGUGGUCGCGAUCAUGAGUGCGAUUGGAUUUUACGGACUCGACGUCCUUUGCCACCACUUGGUGAACACGUGCGGUGGGAAAGAUGCGAAUUUGCUCAUUCAGAAAGUCGGGAGAGGGCUUCGAAGAGGCAUCGACAAGACCCAUCUGGAAUAUCAUGAUUUUAUGUUUCAUGGAGACAAAUUUUUGAAUAGGCAUUCUAAAAUUCGCAUACAGGUGUUAAGGUCAGAGGGACACGACGUGACGACUGACGACACUUUGGAAAAGGAUAAACAGUCUUUUUUAGAGAGUAAAAAUAAAAUAUGUACGGAAAUUUUGGGUUAA